CUUGUUCAUUGUUGGAGCAACAGCCUGGGACAUCGAUACAGCCUGAACCGAAACUUUCUUUCGCGAGUUGUGGAUUAAUUUGACUGGGGAACCGUCUUCUUUCGUAUCAUUAAAAAUUCCCCCAUUUAAUCUUGUGGGGAGUUAGCUGAGUAAUAACCGCCUCUUUCUUUUUUAAGUGAAGAGAGUACAAAAAGGGAAGAAAACUUUGUGGCGAAAAGGAGUUCUCUUGUCAUUCCCAUUCCACCAUUUUGAACUUUUUCGACCCAAGUUUUCGGGUGGAUUGUUUUGAAUCUGUGAAACAUGACAAGCAUCAACACUGCCAACAUCAACUUUAAGUGGGACCCCAAGAGCCUGGAGAUCCGUACUCUGGCAGUAGAGAGGCUGUUGGAACCCCUGGUCACACAGGUUACCACUCUGGUGAACACAAGCAACAAAGGUCCAUCUAACAAGAAGAAGGGACGCUCUAAGAAGGCUCAUGUUUUGGCUGCCUCGGUAGAGACUGCUACCCAGAAUUUUCUGGAUAAAGGAGAGAAAAUAGCGAAAGAAAGCCAGUUCCUCAAAGAUGAGCUGACUGCUGCUGUGGAUGAUGUCCGUAAGCAAGGUGAAUCAAUGAAACUGGCCUCUGGAGAGUUUGCAGAGGACCCCUGCUCUUCGAUGAAGAGAGGCAACAUGGUUCGGGCUGCUAGGGCCCUCCUCUCAGCUGUCACUCACCUGCUUGUGCUGGCUGACAUGUCUGAUGUCUACAAACUGUUACUGCAGCUCAAGCUGGUGGAGGAAAAUCUGGUGAAAGUGCGUAAUGCGGGAACGGAGCAAGACCUUAAGAUCCAAUAUAACGCCUUGAAACCAGAGGUGGACAAGCUCAACAACAUGGCUGCCAAGAGACAACAGGAACUGAAGGACGUUCACCACAAAGACCAAAUGGCUGCUGCCCGUGGGGUCCUGCAGAGAAACAUCCCUAUGCUGUACACAGCGUCCCGUGCCUGCCUGCAGCACCCUGACGUGGCAGCCUACAAGGCUAACCGUGACCUCAUCUACAAACAGCUGCAACAUGCAGUCUCUGGCAUCUCUAAUGCUGCCCAGGCUACUGCUUCAGAUGACUCCACACUCAGUCAGCCAGCAGGGGGAGGCGAGCUUGCCUAUGCCCUCAACAAUUUUGAUAAACAAAUCAUUGUCGACCCACUGGCAUUCAGCGAGGAGCGCUUCCGCCCCUCCCUGGAGGAGCGUCUUGAAAGCAUUAUCAGCGGUGCAGCCCUCAUGGCCGACUCGUCUUGUACACGAGAUGACCGCAGGGAACGCAUUGUGGCUGAGUGCAACUCUGUCCGCCAGGCCCUCCAGGACCUUCUGUCUGAGUAUAUGGGCAAUGCUGGCAGGAAGGAUAGGAGUGAUGCCCUGAACACCGCCAUCGACAGGAUGACAAAGAAGACCAGGGACUUGCGCAGACAGCUGCGUAAAGCCGUAAUGGACCAUGUCUCUGACUCCUUCCUGGAGACCAAUGUUCCUCUACUGGUCCUGAUUGAAGCUGCUAAAAAUGGCAAUGAGAAGGAGGUUAAGGAGUAUGCUCAGGUGUUCCGUGAGCACGCCAAUAAGUUGAUUGAGGUGGCCAACUUGGCAUGUUCCAUUUCCAACAAUGAGGAAGGAGUGAAGCUGGUCCGUAUGGCAGCCUCCCAGCUGGAAACCCUUUGCCCCCAGGUGAUUAAUGCAGCACUGGCCCUGGCUGCCAAGCCCAACAGUAAGGUUGCCCAGGACAACAUGGACUUAUUCAAGGAGCAGUGGGAGAAGCAGGUCCGAGUCCUCACCGAUGCCGUUGAUGACAUAACAUCCAUUGACGACUUUCUGUGUGUGUCAGAGAACCACAUCCUGGAGGAUGUGAAUAAGUGUGUGAUCGCCCUGCAGGAGAAGGAUGUUGAUGGUUUGGACCGCACUGCUGGGGCCAUCCGAGGCCGUGCUGCCAGGGUUGUCCAUGUGGUCACCUCCGAAAUGGACAACUAUGAACCUGGAGUCUACACUGAGAAGGUUCUGGAGGCCACAAAGCUCCUCACUGACACAGUCAUGCCACGGUUCACAGAGCAGGUGGAGGCUGCUGUGGAGGCCCUCAGUGCAAAUCCUUCCCAACCGGUGGAUGAGAAUGAGUUCAUUGAUGCAUCACGUCUUGUGUAUGACGGUGUUCGCGACAUUCGCAAGGCUGUCCUCAUGAUCAGGACCCCAGAAGAGCUGGAUGACUCGGACUUUGAAACGGAGGACUUCGAUGUUCGCAGCAGGACCAGUGUGCAGACAGAGGAUGACCAGCUUAUUAAUGGCCAGAGUGCCAGGGCUAUCAUGGCUCAGCUUCCUCAAGAGCAGAAGGCAAAGAUUGCAGAGCAGGUGGCCAGCUUCCAGGAGGAGAAGAGCAAACUGGAUGCUGAGGUUUCCAAGUGGGAUGACAGUGGCAAUGAUAUAAUCGUGCUGGCAAAGCAGAUGUGCAUGAUCAUGAUGGAGAUGACAGACUUCACCAGGGGGAAAGGGCCGCUGAAGAACACGUCUGAUGUCAUCAGUGCCGCCAAGAAAAUUGCAGAGGCCGGAUCAAGAAUGGACAAGCUAGGCCGCACCAUCGCUGACAAUUGCCCUGACUCUGCCUGUAAGCAGGACCUGCUGGCCUAUCUGCAGCGUAUCGCCCUGUAUUGCCACCAACUCAACAUCUGUAGCAAGGUUAAGGCUGAGGUUCAAAACCUGGGAGGAGAGCUGGUUGUGUCUGGGGUGGACAGUGCCAUGUCCCUCAUCCAGGCUGCCAAAAACCUGAUGAACACAGUGGUGUCUACUGUGAAGGCCUCCUAUGUGGCAUCCACCAAAUACCAGAAGAAUCAAGGCAUGCAGUCCCUCAACUUGCCAGCCAUCUCCUGGAGGAUGAAGGCCCCAGAGAAGAAGCCUCUGGUGAAGAGAGAGAAGCAGGAUGAUGGGCAGACCAACAAAGUCAAGAGAUCCUCUCACAAGAAGCAUGUCAACCCUGUGCAGGCACUGAGCGAGUUCAAGGCCAUGGAUAGCAUCUAGAGCCACCACUUCUUAUUCCAGAAAACACAUAGAGGUUAUAUUGGUGUAAAUUCCUAUAUAAUAUUUGAUAUUUUCAGUCCAUCAGAGAGAAAUGGUUGAACAAAUUUUUAGAUGAUACUCCUUUGCAUAGUCAGCUUGUCUGUUUGACAUACAAUUGUUUAUAGAGGCUUCUUAAGCUAUAUCCAUAAGGGUUCUUCUGUCUCAUUCCUUAAACCAGUGGUAUUAUAACUACAAAACUAUGGGCCAUGUUGGCCGAGAGUGUGCAGUUUUUCCAUUCCAACUGGACUCCACAACAGGUAAUUUCAAAGUUAAGUGCUUUUCUUUGGUGGAAAGUGUGAAGUGACCUGUUGUGGAGUCAAGUUGGAAUGAAAACCUGCGUACUCAGCCCUUCAUGGCACAUGGUUGAUUAUCACUGCAUGGUUGAAUAAACAAAUGGUCAAGCUUGCCCCUGUCAAGUUUUGAGUGUUAUUUCUCUCCUGGAGGAAAAAAUUAAUUGGAAGAAAGUGACUAGACGGGGGCAUUUUAGUGGUAAAAACUAAUUCCAAGAGGCAUUUGAUUAUAUAUUGUUUAUUUUUCGCAGUCUAACCUAUUUUAUUUGAGAGGUCGCAAAGGUGUUUCACUUCGUAUGAUUAUUGCGCAUUUACUUGUAAUAUGUAGUGCAGAUAUCAGCUAUGCAAAUCUUUUGCUCAAACAAUUAUUCAUUCAGAUGAGUUGAGCUAACGAUAUUAACGUUUUAGAUGGUUUGCUUCAAGAAACCAAAGUCGAUAUUUUUCCAUGUGCUUGCUUUUUUUGUCUUUACACAAUAGGUUGUUAUACCACUUCAUUCAGUAAAGUAAAACUGAAUUGUCUUUUAACACUACUCAAAGUACUCUGCCUAGUGUUUUUUUUUGUGAUACCCCUUGGCAUUUGAUUUGCUAAAUAUAAUUAUUUUUCCUUUAUCUUAAAAGAAAUCCAAUGUUUAAAAGUUUCAGGUUGUCAUUUCUUGUUCUUUGCGCAAUAACCAAAGGUAAUAAGGUGAUUUUGCAACAAUCUUUGGUGCAGGGCCUUCAUCCUAUAUUUACAGCACACACAUUCACAAAAUCAGCAAGACUUCCUUCUACCAGCUGACUAGAAUUUAAGAAUAUGUCCGGAAUAAAUGAUAAGCGUUUUCUCCAUUUCUCUGCCGGGGCAGAUGAGGAAAGGCAGAUUCCACUGGCUUUAGCCUCCUCCUUUUCUGCCCGGAUUUCCAUCCCUAAGCUUGAACACUAAUCAAGAUCUUGCUUUAUGCCCAUUCAUGCUGUUCCUAAAGUACUCAGAGGGUUUGCUUGUAGUCAUUAUGAAAGUCCUUGAAAUGACUUUCUGGGUCUUGGAGUUCUAAGGCAGUGAACAGGCUUUUUGCAUCAUUUAGAAAAAAAAAGUAGAAUGGAAAACAGUUGCUCUUGGCAGCUUGUUCUCUGGUCAUAUGCAGCUAUCUGCUGCCUAGUGAUGCAUUGGUAUACAGCGAGUCAUCUGAAUCCCUGCCGCUUUGGUCUUGAGGCUGAUUUUUUUUUUGUUGCUCAUUUGACAUCUGUAAACUAUAGCAGAAUGGGUGUGUAAGGUUAUGACAGAUGGAAGAUAAGUUGUUUGUUUUUUGUUUUUUUUGGGAGGCUCGAGCAUUUGGAGUGUUUGGGAGUAGAACUGUUUCCAUGUAGUUUACAUCUCCGUUUGCUGUGGAUUUAAAAUUUUGAAUCUGAAGUGGUCACACUACUUUGCUAUUCAGAUUCUGUUAUUGAGGGCUGACUUUUUACAUAUUCACGUGCCUGCUUUAUUAAUAAACAAAUAAAAUGGAUCAAUGACUUCUUU